AUGCUUCGUUAUAGUGAGUUUCCGCUUCUGCCGUGGGGUUCGACCGGAGACGGAGUGCCAGGCCAACGGCAGCAGUGGCUCGUUACUGCAGAGGGAGAGGGGGAGAGUGGGAGUUAUCAACUGAAUGAGAGUUCCAUUCUCCUUUCCGCUCGCAUCACAACUUCCGCUCCCAUCACACCCCUUUGUGCUCCGCGGAUCUCUCAAGAAUCCCUCAAGAGUGCAGAGGUUUGGGGGGAGGGGGGGCAUGUGGGACGUGUGAGUCGCCUGCAGGAGUAUUCUCAGCUGGCCCCGUUGCUCCUCUCCCAUCUCACCCCCUUGUGCUCCGCAGAUCUCCCAAUCAAGAGUGCAGAGGGUGGGAGGCACGGGGGACGUGUGAGUCAAGGGAAAGAGACACUCAAGAGUGCAGAGGGGGGUGUGCGGGGGACGUGUGCCCAGUGUAGGGAGCAGCUGAAGGAGCUCCAAGAAUGGUUCGCAGGGGUUGAAGCAAGCAAACUGGGCGAUGCGGACAGCGAGGGGCAGCAAGAGGAGGGGGGGCGGGGGAGGGGAGGGUCGACUACUGAUGUAUCACCUAUAAUUCCUCCCUCUCUGAUGUCCACUAACCCUCAUCCGCACUCCUUCCCUCCCUUGCUCGCCUUGGCCGUUGAAGCAAGCAAGCUGGGGGAUCAGGGCAGCGAGGGGCAGCAAGGAGGAGGGGGUUCGACUGAUGUAUCACCUAUAUUUCCUGCCCCACUAACCCUCAUCCGCCCCUCCUUCCCUCCCUUGCUCGGCUUGGCUCUUGGCAGGUGGGUUGAAGCAAGCAAGCUGGGCGAUGCGGGCAGCGAGGGGCAGCCGGGGGGAGGGGGGGGAAGGGGAAGGGGAGGGGGCGGAAGGGGAGGCGCAGGGGGGAGGAGCACAGAGGCGGACGAUGUUAUGGAGCUGCAGAGCCGACUGGGUAAAACAGGCACAGAGGAGGGGCACAGGGGCAGGGGUGAUGUGAUGGAGCUGCAGAGCCGACUGUUGGAGAAGCAGGGGGAGCUGAAACAGCUGAAAGCGGAAUACGAAGCCUUGCAGGUGGGUUUAUGGGGCAGCGCACGUAAGGUAACAGGGGAGGGUGGGAGGGAAGGGAGGGAUACAGAGGCGGGCGAUGUGAUGGUGCUGCAGAGCCGACUGGUGGAGAAGCAGGGGGAGCUGAAACGACUCAAGGCGGAAUAUGAGUCCUUGCAUUGCAGGGGCACAGAGGCGAACGAUGUGAUGGAGCUGCAGAUUCGACUGGUGGAGAAGCAGGGGGAGCUGAAACAACUGAAAGCGGAAUAUGAGGCCUUGCAGGUUAGGGUGGGUGGUUCGGUUCGGCCUGUGUUUAGAGGAGUGAAGGUGAAUGCGGACAAGGCAGCGCUUGAUGUGAAGGAGAGGAGUGAAGGUGAAUGCGGACAAGGCAGCGCUGGGCUGGAUGUGAAGCGGUCUGAGUCGACUUUUGAGGCGCCUCAAAACGACUUUAGAAAGCGCCACGAGAAGAAGCGGCACCAGAAGGUGAACGCGGACAAGGCAGCACUUGAUGUGAAGCUGACAGAGUCUUGUCUCAUGUGCCUGUCCUUCCACCCCUCUGUUUUCCUCCCAACCUUAUCCCACCUCUCUCAACACCAGAAGCGGCACCAGAAGGUGAACGCGGACAAGGCAGCGCUUGAUGUGAAGCUGACAGAGUCUUGUCUCAUGUGCCUGUCCUUCCACCCCUCUGUUUUCCUCCCAACCUUAUCCCACCUCUCUCAACACCAGAAGCGGCACCAGAAGGUGAACGCGGACAAGGCAGCGCUUGAUGUGAAGCUGACUGAGUCGGGGGCGGACUGGGGAAAGAAGGCCAUUACCAAGGAGGUGACUUUUGAGUCGACUCAAAAGUCACCUCGUGUGGUGUCGGGGUUUCGACUCAAAAGUCAACUCCUUCCAUCCCCGUACAACCCUCUCUUCUUAUCCCCUUUCCCCCUCUUCCCCACCAAGUUGACUUUUGAGUCGACUCAAAAUCGACUCAAAAGUCAACUCCUUCCAUCCCCGUACAACCCUCUCUUCUUAUCCCCUUUCCCCCUCUUCCCCACCAAGUUGACUUUUGAGUCGACUCAAAAUCGACUCAAAAGUCAGCUCCUUCCAUCCCCGUACAACCCUCUCUUCUUAUCCCCUUUCCCCCUCUUCCCCACCAAGUUGACUUUUGAGUCGACUCAAAAUCGACUCAAAAGUCAACUCCUUCCAUCCCCGUACAACCCUCUCUUCUUAUCCCCUUUCCCCCUCUUCCCCACCAAGUUGACUUUUGAGUCGACUCAAAAUCGACUCAAAAGUCAACUCCUUCCAUCCCCGUACAACCCUCUCUUCUUAUCCCCUUUCCCCCUCUUCCCCACCAAGUUGACUUUUGAGUCGACUCAAAAUCGACUCAAAAGUCAACUCCUUCCAUCCCCGUACAACCCUCUCUUCUUAUCCCCUUUCCCCCUCUUCCCCACCAAGUUGACUUUUGAGUCGACUCAAAAUCGACUCAAAAGUCAACUCCUUCCAUCCCCGUACAACCCUCUCUUCUUAUCCCCUUUCCCCCUCUUCCCCACCAAGUUGAACUUUGAGUCGACUCAAAAGUCAACUCCUUCCAUCCCCACACAACCCUCUCUUCUUAUCCCCUUUCCCCCUCUUCCCCACCACUCCCCCCCAAUCACCUCCACCCUUCCUUUAGUCGCUGAGCAGGGCGCUGAGCAGGGCAACGGAGCUGCUGCAGAGCUGCAAGUCACAUGUCCGCACAGCCUCAGCUCUCACCAGGGCAACGGAGCUGCUGCACAGCUGCAAGCCCCAGACAGGCCCUCCCUUGUCAAGACCUACCGCUCUCUUCUCCCACCCCUCUCAAGGCCAGCUGCUCUUUUCUCCCAGUCCGCCCUCCAAGACGCCUCAGUCCGGUGGAACAACCACGCCAUCUCCUCCUUCGCCGUGUCCCCCAGCUCUCUUCCCCCCUCCUUGCCUCCUCAUCUGCACCUUCCGUACUGUUCAGCCCUUCAAGACUCAUCAGUGAGGUGGAACAACCACGCCUUGUCCUCCUUCGCCUCCCUCAACGCCCUCUCCCCCUCCGCCCUUGCCUCUGCCACGGCCGGCACAGGGGACGCCUGCAGACACCGAUUCUGCCUCACCCCCUUGUCAAGACCAGCCUCUCUCUUUGCUCAAUCCGCCCUCCAAGACUCAUCUGUCCGUUGGAACAACCACGCCUUCUCCUCCUUCGCCUCCCUCAACGCCCUCUCCCCCUCCGCCCUCGCCACUGCCACGGCCGGCACGGGGGACGCCUGCGGGCGGCAGCCGGGUGGCGGCGGUUGUUGGAACAUGAGUGCGGAGGAGAGGAGGUGGAUGGUUAAGCCGCCCAAGAACACAGCAGCAGGAGGAGCUCUUACGGUGAAGGAGGUUAUUGCAAUCAAGAAGGGGGCGCUGAGAAUCGGUCUUGAUUUCAACGGGGGGUCAGGCUCGUUCGCUGCGCACAUGGCGAGGCACAACGUGACCAUGAUGACGUCAGCAAUGAAUCUUGAAGCUAAUGUGGGGCGGAAGAAGGGUCUUCCCUUUCUGGAAACCAUUGCCCUGAGGGGCCUUGUUCCCAUCUGGCUUCCCUACAAGGUUCGCCUGCCCUUCUACGACAACACUUUGGACAUUCUUCACGCCACCAACGCAAUCAAGUUUAUGCCAUCGCCUGCUGAAUUUGAGGAGGUUCUAUUCGAGUGGGAUCGCGUGCUGAGAGUCGGUGGUGUGAUGUGGUUUGAGGAAUUCACAGCCUCGGCAGCAGAAAUGCCAUCAUACCUCUCAGUGCUGGACCUUCUAAAGUACCGCCACCUGCAUUGGAGCGUCACCCCCCCCAAGGCUAUGAUUGGCAAACCUGCUGGCACUGUCAUUCUGCACUGCCUUCUCGAGAAACCCAUGCGGAAAGACUUGUGA